AUGCCGGACGUUACGAAUCCGACUCCGCGCGAAUCGCCACCGCGGCCCGGCCUCGGCGACGACCACGCCCGGUCCACCCUCCGCCGGCGGCGGCGCGCCCACCCAGGGCCUCGAUGCAAGAGCCCAACAGCGCCGUCGCGUUUAACCUACCGGACGGCUCCUCCCAGGGCACGCCGCGCCGCAAAUCCACGACGCACAUCCCGAACGCGCGGGGCCGACGAACCAGCGAAGAGUUCGACCGGCGCUACGACGGCCCGUUCCACCGACCGAUUCGGAAACUUCCCCCAACUCGUUGCCGCUCGUGAGCCGGCGCUCGCAAGACCAGAGGAGGGUGUCUACGGCGCAGGCGCCGUCCCCGGGCCCGAUGCCGUGUUUAUGGCGGAACCGCCGCGGCUGAAUUACACGCUCCGGACGCGCAAGAUGUCCAUCUUUCUGUGGUGGUCCGUGAUCAUCUUCGACUCCGUGGUGAUGCCGAUCGCGCUGUACUUUGGCUUGUGGUACGGCGUGGGUCCGGCAGCGCCGCCGGAGAGGCAGAAGUUGUCGGCGAAUGCCGUCUUUAGCAUCGUCACGGCGGCGAUUGGCGGUGCGAGUAUCCUGGAAUACUUUUUACGCAUGUGGAACUUGUGGAAGAAGGAUAGCGACUGUCGUGUGAUUGGCGCGGGGGAGCUUAUCAUCGUUCAAAAGAACCCAUACAUCCGCCUCAUCGCCAUGUCCCCCACCACCAUGCUCUUCGUCUUCGGCACGGAGCUCCUCAUCGUCGACAUCCUCCGCGGCGCGCAGCUACGGCCCUGCAUCUACAGCCUCGUCGAGGACAUCUGCGCCGUCGACGGCGGGGGCGGCACCGCGUACCGCGAGGCGCUGGACACGCGGUACGAGGCGAGCCACAUCUUCCGCGCGAUGCUGCGGCGCCUCGGCGUGUUCUGGGCGGUGGGCGCCGAGGCCAUGGCGGUGCUCUGCACCAUCUUGAUCUUUACGCUCAGCGUGGACUACGCGUACACUAUUGGGUGGACGGUGCCGUUUGUGUGGGCGGGCGUGUGGGCGCUCGUCACGACGCUGUACGUGCAGAGGGAGCUGAAGCGCGAGGAUAGGGAGUGGGCGAGGGAUAUGGCGAGGAAACAGGAGGCGUGA